GAGCCUCUUGUUUUCUCAAAGAAAUCCCAAACGUCUUUCUAAAGAGUCUUCCACAAAGAUGGCUCUGAGCAGGAAGACGCUUUAUUUUGUUUUUGCAUUUUUCUUCACUUUGGCUCAAUUGCCGUCAGGGUGCCAGGCAGGAAUGGAUUACCCCUACUCGUUUCCAGGAGGGAUUGCGUCAUUUCAUCUGCAAAACGCCCCUAUGAGAGUUCCCGGAAAGCCGUGUCAGCAGCUCUUUCUUGGCGCAGGGGAGUUUGCUGUUUGCGAGCCGUGCAGGCUUGGUCGGGGCAAGUGCAGGAAGAUGUGCUUGGAGGAUGAGAGGAUUAAAGGACGCUGCAAGCUGAACUUUUUCUGCUGCCAAAAGAGGAUCUUAUAAUUCAGUCCAACACUCUUCUGGUCUUAGGAGCAGGACUGGAUGUUCAAGGAAGGUCAGGAGAAGUUACGUGUCUUCUCCACGUCACACAGUGAGUGCGUUUCAGGGCCCUUCCCAUUUCUUUCUCUGUUUUGUUUCUUUGCUUAUUUUUAAACAUGAUCUUAAAAAAAACACACACACAAGACACGAGAGGAUACCUAAUAGCUGCCUGCUUAAUCAGAUACCGCUACUCUAUAUUUGUGGAGUACCCUAUAAUUUAUAAAUUCUUAUUUCGUACUUUUCUCAUAUGACCCAAGAUUACAAGGUAGCUUUUAUUAUUCCUAUCUCUAUUUAAAGGAAUGGAGACCUAGGAGGCUGCUAUUUCCUCAGGGCCAUAGCUGGGAAGCUGUAACUGAUAUGAACGCCGCAGUCAUAUUGUGUAUCUAUCUGCAUGUAUUAGUUCUCACAUAAUUAAUAGAUAAAUGGAAGUGGCAUCCACAUCUAUGUUAAUGGAGUUAUAAUUCUAUUGAAUAUAAGAAGCUCUUUUUAUUCAUGUCAUUUCUUGGUAUGUAAAUCAAAGCAUUCACCAAUUCUAGUACUUAUGCUGUAUUUUUAAAACAACUCACAUCUACUGAGUUAAUGCCUAUGGCGCCAACUUUGCAUUUCUCUUCUUGCCCAUGAAAGAAAAUGGUUACAGAUGCAUUUAAAAUGUUCAGCACAGAACAUACAUAAAUGAUUGACUGUAUAACUUUUGCCUUAUGAAAUAAAAUCUGUAGCUUCACAAAAUAAAGGUCAAAAUUACCAGUCCUACGGCCAAUGACUCAAACGUGGUCACUCAGUUUUAGCACGGCAGACUGAACAAUAUUUUGCUUAAUAUUUGGGCAUAUCCUUUGUCUCUUUGUGCCCAGACCCAUCCUUUGUCCUUUCCCUGCUUUGCUCUGUGAAAUGGGAGCGAUGCAAUUACACUUUCCAGGCUUCCUGACUUCUGGCUGGUGUCAGUCAAUGCAAGCAUCUCCCAGGAGAAUGGUAGGUUGGAGAAAGGGUGGACUUGGGGAACUUCUCCCCCACUUUCUCUUCUCUCAUCCCCACAGGACAGCCCCUGCGUCUGCAUCCUCAGCUCUCACCCGGCAGUCCCACUGCAGGUGCAGCUCCUGCCAGCCUCACUUGCCCUUGGUUUCCCCCACACGAUGCGGUAGUAGGGGUUCCAGCUGCGGCUAUCUUUAGGGUUGCCUCGUCGCUCCAUCUUUGCGUUUCCAGCUUUUCCAACAAUUCAUGGUCAGCUGCCCAUAUCCAGUUCUCUCCAUGGAACGACCUGGUAUGAGGACCCUUUCCAUGUCUGGACCCUGACUGAUUUAGCUUUUAGGUUCACUCUCUUUUCAGAUCUAUUUACAUAUUAUCAGUUGUCUUUCGGAAUCGUGAAAUCUAGAGUGUUUCUUUCAUUUGCACAGGAAGUACCUGAGGGAGGUGGGACGUGUGAUAUCUGGUCUUACGAGCCUACAGCUGAGCAAUCAGGUGGAUUAUGGGGAGAUGCGCUUCCUCCCAGGUCUCCACAGUGAGGAAGCGGCUGCUGGCUUACAGAAUAUCAUGCAACUGGGAUAUUCCCCACUCAUCUCAAAUACCACAUUGCUUGAUUAAAAAAAAUUAAAAUUGUCUGGA